AUGAUUAGUCUUCUCUUAAUUAUUCUUCCAUAAACAUUUGGAAAUUAUUUUGAAUAGAAGUUAUCAAGACAUGUUUAUGAAUAUAAGGAUGUUCAAAAAGAUGAUAUAGUUACUAGCAUCAAACCUUAAAAAUGUCCAAAUGAAUUUUUAGAUUAUUAUCAUAAUGAUACUUUUGUGACUUAAAUAUGUUUUACAAAGAAUGUAUUUUAUAAUGUUGAAGUGAUUUUAGGAGAUCAUAUUACAAAUUAAAGCAUAUUUUCAUUGGCUGUAUAGAAAUCAUAAUAAUAUAUUAGCUUGAUUUAACAUCUCCUUGGACAUGGUAUAAAUCAAAUUCAUGUUUAAGUUGUAAAGAUAUUAAAUCAUUAAAAUAUGACAAUAACAAAAAAUGUAAAAAUUCAAAGAAGAUUGGAAAAUGUAUUGAUUCAAAAUUUGAAAAAUUAUUUGAUGCCACUAAAUGGAAUGAUAUUAAAGUUCAUGGUUAAAUUUACUCAUCUGAAUCUCUAAUUUAAGGAACUUUUCAAACUGAUACAAUAUAAUUACUUGCAUACAAUUCUUCAAGAAAAAUGACUAUUUCAUAAUUCCUCUCUUAUGAAUGGGGAAAUAGCACACCACCAGCAUUAGUUAAUAUAACAGGAUUAUAGAUGCUCUAAGUAGAUUACAUUAAUACUGAAUUACCAAUUUUAGCAGAUGGUGUUAUUGGAUUUGGAUUUGGGUAUACAGAAACAGAAGAAGAAAAGGCAUAAAGUAAUACAGAUUUCGUUGAAAAAUUAGUAUAAGAAUAAACUUAACUUCAUUUAACAAGAUAAUAAUUUGCUCUUUACACUUAUGAAAGUUCCCUUAAUUUUUCAGAGAUGGUAGUAUAAGUAGGAGGAUUUGAUUAUAAAUAUGUCCAUAAAUAAUAAUAGAAUGUCAAAUGGAUAUAGAGACUUGAAAAAUCUGGUUAUUAUUGGAUGGUUUAAGUGGAUAAAAUUCAAUUUAUUGUAAUUUAUUUUUAAUUUUAUAUAGAAUGCUUAAGGAAAUGAUUUAAUCAAUGCAAAUUUACCAAUUAAUAAAGCUUUACUCACUUUGAAUUCAUAAUUUAUUGAACUCCCCUAUAACAUUUUGAUAUCUUUAAUUCAAUCAUUAGAUAAUUCACAUGUAGGAACAGAAUGCAAUUUAGUAGAUGAUGAAGUAUUUAUAAUAUAAUAAUAAAUCAGAUGUAUUUAUUAUAUUGCAAGAACUAUCAUUUCUCAACAGCUAUUGAUUAUAGAUUAGCAUUUAUAUUUGGAGAACAUACUAUUCCUAUAGAUAAUUAUCACUUGAUAUAUAGAAAGUGUGAAAGUGUAAGUGAAAAUCAAAUGAUUUAAAAUUGUCUUUUCAAUAUAAAAGUUUCAGAAUCUGAUUAUAUUAUUUUGGGAGAACCAUUCAUUAAAAAUCAUUAUAUAGUAUUUGAGAAUUAGCCAGGUAAUAAUGUAAGAAGAAUUGGUAUUAUGCCAGCUGCUGUACAUAUGUUUUAUCCUGAUAAUCCAGAUUAUUAUGAAUGGGCUAUGUUAAAACUUGUAGGAUUUAUAUUUAUAUUUGGAUUACUCAGCAUUUGUUCUGUAACUUUUCUUAGAAGUUUAUGUAAAGAUCUUUACAGGGCAUUUAAAUAUCGUAGGGUAAUUAUAUAUAAAUUAAAUAAAAAGACUUUGAAUCCUGAAGAUAAGUUAUCUCUUAAAGAGACAAAAGAUAUAGAAUAUGUAGAUUAUUAAACUGAUGAAGAUAUUCAAAUUUAAUAAUAAAUUGAUAAUCAAAAUUAAUAAUAAAAUGAUGAUGAGAAGAAAGUAGAAGAAUGGAAAUAAUAAUAAGAAUAAUUUAAAUUUGGAGAGAAAUUUAGUAAUUUAUAUGAAUAAAAUGCAUUGUGA